AUGACUUCGGGAUCCAUCGACUCGGGCACGCAAACGCCCAGCGCGCACAUCGAGCAGUCACCGCUUGACGGCGCGCAGACACCAUAUACGUUUCCUACCCACAAGUUGAAGCGACGGCAAACACAGCCAGGAAAGACGCCGCUUGUGCUGGUAGCUUGCGGGUCAUUCUCUCCGAUCACCUACCUCCACCUGCGCAUGUUUGAGAUGGCCUCCGAUUUCGUCCGGUUCAACACGGACUUCGAGGUGUGCGCCGGUUAUCUAUCACCGGUCAGCGACGCUUACAAGAAGGUGGGGCUGGCCCCCGGCCACCACAGGGUCAACAUGUGCUCCCGAGCCGUUGAGCAUUCGCCAUGGCUCAUGGUCGACCCGUACGAGACGGUGAAUUGCGAUGAGAAUGGCCAGCCGCAGUACGUCCCGACCGCUAAGGUCUUGCGGCACUUUGACCACGAGAUCAACACGGUGCUGGGAGGUAUUGAGGGAACGGACGGGCAAAUGAGGAAAGCCCGUAUCGCGCUUCUGGCUGGUGCCGAUUUAGUCAUGUCCAUGGGCGAGCCCGGCCUCUGGGCGCCAAAGGAUCUAGAUACGAUCCUCGGUCAGUAUGGCGCGUUUAUCAUCGAGCGCUCCGGAACCGAUAUCGACGAGGCCCUUGCCUCGCUCAGGCAGUACGAGCACAACAUCUGGGUGAUCAGCCAGGUCAUCCAAAACGAUAUCAGCUCUACGAAAGUGCGCUUGUUCCUGAAGAAGGACCUCAGCGUUCGGUACCUAAUCCCAGACCCUGUUUACAUCGAGGAGCACGGCCUCUUCCAAGAGCCAAAGCCGAACAAGUCAAGAGACAACACGCCGGAUGUCACCGCCGGACCGUCAAAUCAAAAGCCUGCCAAGGGCUGA